AUGGCUCCUCCUCCUCCUUGUUCUUCUUCUCUCUCAAUUCUCACUCUGAUCACGAUCCUCUGUUUCUGUAUCUGUACAUCUUCAUCUUCUUCACAGAACACCCUCACACUUUCUCUAACACAACACAUUUCACGAGAAAACAAAAACAAUCCAUGGCUGCAGACCAUAAGCUCCCUGGCGUCGUCUUCAAUAGCCAGAGCCCACCAUCUCAAAAACCCGAAAGAAAAAUCGUCAACAUCGAAAAUUCCUCUGUUUCCUCACAGCUAUGGCGGAUACUCUGUUUCUCUAAGCUUCGGGUCACCUCCUCAAAAGCUAUCAUUUGUAAUGGAUACCGGAAGCAGCCUUGUUUGGUUCCCGUGUACUCAUCGGUAUUCAUGCUCCGAUUGUAAUUUCCCAAAUGUUAACAAGACAAACAUCCCCAGAUUCAUCCCGAAGCUCUCGUCCUCUGCUAAGAUUAUCGGGUGUAAUAACACGAAAUGCGGGUGGGUUUUCGGGUCGACUGAUCCAAUUCGAUGUAAUGGAGACCAGAUAUGUCCAGCUUACAUGCUUCAAUACGGGUCCGGGUCAACAUCGGGGUUACUUCUGUCGGAGACAAUGGAUUUUGACGAGGGUGAUGUGAGUGAUUUCCUUGUCGGAUGCUCCAUUUUAUCGACCCGACAACCGUCCGGUAUUGCCGGGUUUGGGCGUGGGUCUUCUUCUCUACCCGUUCAAAUGGGUCUGAAAAAGUUUUCAUAUUGUUUACUCUCUCACCGGUUUGACGACACUCCAGUGAGCAGCAAGCUUGUUCUUGUUCGGAAUACUUCAAACUCCGGCGCCGGAGAUUCAGGAAUCAGCUACACAAAAUUCCACAAGAAUCCGAUGAGUUCCACGGCGGCGUUUCAAGAAUACUACUACGUAACCCUCCGGAAAAUCACAGUCGGUGGUAAAACCGUGAAGAUCCCAUAUGGGUUUCUGGUGCCGGGAUCUGACGGAAACGGCGGAACCAUCAUCGAUUCCGGCACAACCUUCACGUUCAUGGAUAGUCAUGUAUACGAUCUGGUGGCGAAAGAGUUUGAAAAUCAAAUGUCGAAGUAUAAGAGAGCGGCUGACGUGGAAUCGGAAUCUGGAUUACGUCCGUGUUUCGACAUUGCCGGAAAACCUGCAGAGUUCCCGGAGCUGAUGUUUCAUUUCAAAGGCGGAGCAAAGUUAUCACUACCACUGGCGGAUUACUUCUCGUUUCUUGGAGAUUCCGGCGUGUUGUGUAUGACGAUUGUAUCAAGUAAUUUAGUCGGGUCGAAUUCAAGAAUCGGGCCAUCGAUAAUCAUUGGGAAUUAUCAACAGCAGAAUAUAUACUUGGAAUAUGAUUUGGAAAAUGGAAGACUUGGUUUCAAGAAACAGAUUUGCAAGUAA